GGCUUAACGAAUUGGAUAUGACAUAAAAGCCACAUCUGUAAUUGCAACACAUAUAAGCAACAUUGAGUAAAAGAAGUAUUUAAAGCACAUUUAUUUUUUACCAUCAAGCAACAUGAGCGCAAUUGUAGGCGCUGCUACAGCAAUCGGGGGCGCCGUAACAGCAGCAACAAGUACAAGUUGGUUUAUACCAGUAUUAGUAGCUGCAAUAGCUUAUUUUCAGUAUGAAGAAAUAAUGGAUCCUGAAUCGAAGCCUUAUGAUUUGGCCAGCGAUGAAAUACGUGACCAUUACGAUUUUAUAGUAAUAGGUGCGGGAUCAGCGGGUGCAGUUGUAGCUAACCGUCUCACAGAGGUAGAGAAUUGGAAUGUACUACUAAUCGAAGCAGGUGGAGAUGAAACUGAAAUAUCAGAUGUACCAUUACUAGCUGGAUAUUUGCAGCUUAGUAAAAUGGAUUGGAAAUAUAAAACGGAACCUUCAGGCAAAGCUUGUUUGGCUAUGAACAAUGGGCGUUGCAACUGGCCGCGUGGUAAAGUACUUGGUGGUUCUAGCGUACUUAAUUAUAUGCUUUAUCUGCGUGGCAGUAAAAUUGAUUAUGACAAUUGGGAGUCCAUGGGCAAUCCAGGUUGGGGUUAUCGUGAUGCUUUAUACUAUUUUAAAAAAUCAGAAGAUAAUACCAAUCCGUAUCUGGCAAGCACACCGUAUCAUUCGACUGGUGGCUAUUUAACAGUUGGUGAAGCACCUUUUCACACGCCAUUAGCAGCAAGUUUUGUUGAAGCUGGCGUAGAGAUGGGAUAUGAAAAUCGUGAUCUUAAUGGCGAGAAGCAAACCGGCUUCAUGAUUGCACAAGGCACAACAAGACGUGGUAGCCGUUGUAGUACAGCAAAAGCAUUUUUAAGACCUGCGCGUCUACGUCCAAAUCUACACAUUUCUAUGCAUUCACAUGUUACACGCAUCAUGAUAGAUCCAGUGACGAAACUGGCUUUUGGCGUGGAAUUCGUUAGAGAUCAAAAAAUGUAUCAUGUACGUGCAACAAAAGAAGUAAUACUCUCUGGUGGUUCUGUUAAUUCACCACAACUGCUAAUGUUGUCUGGUAUUGGACCGCGUAAAGAAUUAGCUAAACACCAUAUACCAGUAAUAAAGGAAUUAAAUGUUGGUGAAAAUAUGCAGGACCAUAUUGGGUUAGGCGGUUUAACAUUCUUGGUUAAUCAACCCGUUUCCAUUGUGGAAGGACGUUUGCAUUCCAUGUCGACUGUUUUGCAAUAUGCUGUUUUUGGUCAAGGUCCAUUAACUAUACUUGGUGGCGUUGAAGGUCUUGCUUAUGUAAAUACGAAAUAUGCGAAUAAUACAGUUGAUUGGCCUGAUAUUGAAUUUCAUUUCGUUUCGGGUUCUACAAAUUCUGAUGGUGGUUCUCAGCUACGUAAAGCUCAUGGAUUAACAGAGGGUUUUUAUAAUUCAGUAUUUGAAAAAAUAAAUAAUCGCGAUGCAUGGAGUAUUAUUCCAAUGUUAUUACGUCCGCGUAGUGUGGGCUCAAUUAAAUUGCGUAGCGGCAAUCCAUUUGAUUAUCCUUAUAUAUUUCCAAAUUAUUUAACUGAUGAUUAUGAUGUGAAAACACUUAUAGAAGGUGUUAAAAUUGCUGUGUCAGUUUCACGUACGAAAGCUAUGCAACGCUUUGGUUCACGACUUUCGACCAUCAAAUGGCCUGGUUGCCAGCAUUUACAAUUAUUUACAGAUCCAUACUGGGAGUGUAUGAUACGACAAUAUACAGUAACUAUAUAUCAUCCAGUGGGUACAUGCAAAAUGGGUCCGUAUUGGGAUCCUGAAGCUGUUGUUGAUCCACAAUUACGUGUUUAUGGUAUACGUGGUUUAAGAGUUAUUGAUGCUAGCAUAAUGCCGAAGUUGGUUAGUGCGAAUACUAAUGCGCCUGUCAUAAUGAUUGCUGAGAAAGGUUCCGAUAUGAUUAAAGAAUUUUGGAUUAAAAAUACAAUUCUAUAGUUUUAAGAAUGAUUGGGGUUUAUAA